UUGUUUAAGAAAAGUUUACGAAAAUAAAUAAGUUUUAUUAAAAAAAAGUCCAUUAAAAUUUAUGAAAAGCCUAUCUAUGGAAGAGAUAAUUCUACUUAAUAACUGUGAUUCGAUUAGUCAUUUUGAAGCAAAUUCUGAUUACAGUUUUGAUGGCAACGAGACAGCUUAAUAAAUAACUCUUUGCAUUUAAAAAUGUGUAAACAUUAAGAGCAUAAAAUUAAAUUUAAGCUUAACUAAUAUAGAUAUUGAGAACUAUAGCUAACUCGGAUAAAGGAUAUCAUAACUAAAUUUCCUCAACGCUUUAGAAAUUUAUCUAUAUGGAAACAAAAUUGGAGUGGAAAAAAUGAAAUCGUUGUUGUAAUAUAUUUCGAAGUGCCAAAACCUAUAAAACUUAAAUCUAUAGCUAAGCCAAAACGACUUAAAAGAUUUAGGCUGCUCUAUUCUCGGAAGCUGUGUCUCUUCCUUAUAAUAGCUUAAAUUCCUAACACUUGAUAUGUCAUAUAAUUUGAUUUCAGAAGAAGGAAUAAAUAAUUUUAGCAAGUAGAUUAGCUUGUUAACGAACUUAGAAAGUUUAACCUUUUACAUAUAUAAAAAUAAAAUCGGUCCUAAAGGGUCUCAAAAUAUUGGAAAUUUAUUUCUAACCUUGAAAAAGCUAAGCUUUCUUUAUUUAGAUAUCGGAUGGAAUAAACUAGGAGAUGAUGGUGGAUAUAAAGUGUUAUAACACCUAUAUGGUAUAAAUAAUUUAUCUAAUUUAUCUUUAUAUCUUAGUAGUAAUUCAAUUACUUAAGAAGGCAUUUCAAAAAUUGGAGAAAAACUUUUUAAAUGCUAAAAUUUAACAAAUUUAUAUUUUAACUUAGAAAUGAAUUAAAUUUCUGAUUCUGGAUUAUUACAAAUAACAUCUUCCAUAAUAAAAAUGAACUCUUUAAUGCACCUUAAUUUAAAUUUUAGAGAUUGUGGCAUAAAAGACUAAGGUUUAGGGCAGUUUGGAGUUGAUAUUUCAAAAAUUUAGAGCUUGGUUAGCCUAAAAUUAUAAUUUUCAUCAAAUUAAAUUAGUUUAAAUGGAGCUGUUUUACUUAGCAAAUAUAUUUCAAAAAUAAAAAGACUUUUAAAUUUGAAACUAAAAAUGAAGUAAUUUACUUUUCAUAAAAUUCUAUUCUUAAUUUUUUAAUAUUUAGUGCCUGCUAGUUAAACUAAGAUUACUCAAAAAUAGCAUAAAGAAUUUACAAAGGAAAAUAUUUAAUUAAUUUUAAGUUAAAAUUGUGAAAAAAAAACUCAUAAAAUAAUUAAUUCUGUAUGUGAGUAAAUAAAAGUUUAUUAAAUUAUUAGCAAAUUUAUAAGCUCAUACUUUUAAAUAAUAAUAAAUUAUAAACAAAUAAAUGAAUAAAAGAAUAAAUUAAGAAAUUUCUUCUAAAUUUAUUUUUUUUAUAAAUAAAAUUUUAUUUAAGAAUAGUUUAUCACAAUUUAAUUUUAAUUAUUUAAACUUAAAUUAAAUUAAAUAUAUAUUAUCAAAUUUAGUUUAAACUUUUUGUUUUAAAUUAUAUUUCUCAAAUUUUAUAAACAUUUAUCAUUUAAUUAUUAUCUUUAUUAAAAUAAAUAAUUCUAAUGCUAACAAUUAAAUAUUAUUUUUAAAAAAACCUCCUUCAAAUUAAUUUUAUAUCAAGUGUGCUCAUUUGGUUUGACAAAAAUUAAAAUGUAUUUAGAAAUAUUUAUUUUAAAAAUGUUGUCAAGUAGAAUUUAUUUAUCUUUAAAAAUUAGUUAGGCUUAAAAAUGA